AUGACCGCCGUGUGCAAGCCCCUGAAGAAGACCAAGAAGACCAAGACGAAGAAGACCAAGUGGACGAAAGACCAGCUCGCAGAUCUCAAGCUUGUGAAGCCCAAGCGCACGACAUGGAAGAAGGUCCAGCUCGACUUCCCGGACCACAGCGCAGAAGACUGCAGACAAAAGUGGCACUCCGAGUUCACCUCCACAAAUAAGGGGGCAUGGACUCUCGAAGAAGACGACAAGCUCAUCCACGCUCGGACCCUCACGACCAAGUGGACCACGGUCGCCGAAAUUGUCGAGACGCGCUCGUAUCGCCAGUGCCAGACCCGCUGGGAACGCAUGCAGAAAAAGGGCCUCGCGGUGCGCUACGCGCCGCCUCGCUACCAACCCGUCGAGGAACUCGAGACGACGACCGAGCUGCCGCCGACGGACGACGCCCUUGACUUCCGCUUCUUGGAUCUCGACCUCGGCAGCGCUGACUUGCCGGGUACUGCGCUGCACACGCCGUGCGGGGCGCCGCCGCAAACUACCGAGACCAGACACGUCGAGCCGGCGUGGCACGCCUUCUUGCAGAAGGCGCCUCGCUGCCACCCCGUCGAGGAACUCGAGACGAUGAACGAGCUGCCGCCGACGGACGACGCCCUUGACUUCCGCUUCUUGGAUCUCGACCUCGGCAGCGGUGACUUGCCGGGUACUGCGCUGCACACGCCGUGCGGGGCGCCGCCGCAAACUACCGAGACAGAACAAGUCGAGCCGGCGUGGUACGCCUUCAUGCCUGCGCCGACGCUCGACGCCUUUGCCUCUGCGCCGUCGAACAUGGAUUCGAUGGACCGCAUUACCCAGCGCCUACCCGCGAUGAUGGCCGUGGUGGAGGCUGAAGAAGACGCCACGUCGCCCGAGACCGCGGCGGACGAGCUCAACUCGCUGCUGGAAUACAUGCAAGCUAACAUGCGGCUUGACGACAUGGACGAGCCGAUGCCCUUGCUUUACGCGUAA